UUUUUAUACUUCUCUUCAAAUAAGACGUUCGUUGGAGUAAAUAACAAAAGAGAUAUGGGUGAUGAAGAAGAUCCAUGGGCAAUCGAUGAGACGACCGAAACAAAUGAACCUCAGGAAUCAUCCCAACAAGAAACAUUAAUUAGUCAAACAGAGGGUGUUGCAUCCGAUCAGACAAACAAAGAAAAUGUCGAAGAUGAUUUGGCUCCUCCGCCGCCGCCCCCAGAAGAUGAUGGUUAUAGAAAACCUGUUCAGUUGUAUAGACAUUGGGUUAGGCCUAAAUUCCUUCAAUACAAAUACAUGUAUAAUUAUAGAACAAAUUAUUAUGAUGAUGUCAUUGAUUACUUAGAUAAAAAACAAGUUGGAGUACCUAGAGAUAUCCCGAGAGCUCAAACAUGGGCGGAACGUGUAUUAAGGACAAAUUAUUCCAGCGGACGAGGUUUGGACGUAUAUGAAUCAUCCAUAAAGAGAGAUAAACACCUGAUUCAAACUUUAGCUGCAUCUAUUCGGCCCCAUAAUUAUCAUACAAAAGCCUAUAUCAAUCAAAAGUAUGCAAAAGUUCUCUAAGAACAAGAGGUGGCGGUGGAGUAUUUUUUAGAACAAUUUAAAUUUAAGGUUUAAUUAAAUAUGUAUAUUUUUAUCUGGAAACUCAUAUUAUGAAUAAAUAUUAGUCAAAAGUUUAUGCAGUUGUUAACCAAAUGUUA